AGCACUUGCCGCCGUUCCAUGUUGCUUUGUUUUCUUUCCUUUCAACUUCACAUUCCUUCUUCCUUGACAAUCACGUUAGAAACUGGCUCACAUCGCGACCGACUAGCUCUACCAGCAAGUUGCUCCGGAAAUCCAACAUGGCAGAGCAACCGCAAAUCAAGCCAGACCCGGAUGCUGGCUCACCUUUCAUGGACGAGGGCCUUGAUGAAGAGAACCCGGACUUGGAAUUCUACGAUAAGCUACCCGACGCGGACGCAUACAGUCGCAUGUAUUUGGCGCGCCUUCCCAACUACGUUUGGGAAGCCUGGUCGAAGCUAGAUGAUGAUGCGGAGAUCGAGAUCGGGACGGUUCGCCAGUGGACGGACAAGGACGGUAAUCUGAGAUUACAGAUGCGGCUCCGAUCGGAUCUGGAAGCCCACAAGAAGGUGCCGAAAGAGUACAACAUGGAUGUUGUUAACCACGAUGUCAACAAUACGUUCAUCUUCAGUGAGCAGGAUUUACCGAGCUUUGCUGCCAAAAACAAAGAGAGGGCCAAUGCCUUGGCUCAGGGAAUCCCGGCGCAUCUUCUACGGAAACAACAAAAGCCCACAGAGCAACCUGCGGAGCGAGGCAAAAGGGGCGCGCCUUACGCCCGCAGGCCCAUUCCAAAGAAAACCAAGAUUGCGGGCAAGGUCAAGCAUGAAGUAGUCUGCACGCCGGUGCAAAAUGCCGAAGCCAGCAGAUUCUUGUCCCUGCGCGCCCAAGCCGCGGAACAGACCCAAAAGAGGACGAAGAUGAUCUACGGACACCCAACCCAGAAGCUUACGAACCCCAAGGAGUGGGAAGAAUUUCUCAAAACACGCGAGAAGCCAACCAAAGCGAAAAAGAUGGAGAACAAGGCGACCCGCUGGCCGGAAAAUCAGCUUCUGGAUGCCAUUGCUCAGUGUUUCUCAGAGCACAAGUACUGGUCUAUCAAGGCUUUCCGCGGAAGGAUUCCGCAGCCCGAGGCGUAUCUCCGUGAAGGCCUCGAAAAGAUUGCUGUCCUGCACCGGUCUGGCACGUUCGCCAACCAUUGGUCUCUCAAGCCCGAGUACCAGAAUAUGCUGGGCUCCUUGCCCAAGCCAGCGGAUGACGCAGCGGUACCCAAGGCUGAGGAGCUGUCUGAUGACGAGGAUGAGGAGGACAUCAAGAUGGAGGAUGUCUUGUGAUUGCCACCGUCUUUUAUUAUUUCAAGUUUUCGACCUAGUCUUUCCAGGAUGGCGUUCAAUAGGGCACUUCGGCUGGGUUUGCAUGACACUGGGUUCUCUAGACGGGAACCUGACAACGAUACCCUUACCUACAUCAGGAAACAACACAGUAUCAGCAUUGUUUAAACAGGUGCCUUUUUGUGCUAUAUCUUGGGCUGCCGUGGUGUGCCAUCAAUCGGGUUGUAGUUUUCGUACAGAGGAAAGUCCUCGGCCUGCGGUCUGUCACGUUUUACAUACCUCGGUAGGUACCUUAAGUAGGUACCUGAAUUCUCAUUUCCGCAAGAAUAGUGGGGU